AUGGAUUCUUCGGCGCCGCAGCCGGGAAACGUCAGUCUGAGGACCGUUAGCUCAAGCAGACCCCAAUACCAAUACUUCGAGCAACGCUCCGAAGCCGCCUCAGACGACUACUACUCUUUCCCCUCGACAGCCUCCAACUCCGCCAGCAGCAGGGACGGCGUUAUGCGGUAUGCAACCCCCGUGUCCGGGCCUACAUCGCGGGCCUCGUCGCCGGGCGUGGGUGUCCCCAGGAUGGGUGCAAUUGGGGAGCAUGGGCCAUUGCUUGGGGAGGAUACGCCGCGGAGGGUGAGGGCGAGGACUGGACAUGAUAAUGGGGGGAAUGGGUCUGUGUGGAUGGAGGGUGAUUUGCCGCAUAUUCGGUAUGCGAUUAAUCAUCUUACGCGAGAGGAGGAGGAUGAUGAGGAGGUCCGGGACGUAGGAGGAAGGGAGGAUCAUCCGGAUGGCUUUGUUUGGGAUGAGGAACGGGGUUGUUUUACUCGUCUGGGGACAUUGCCAGCGCCGUCCCACCAGCAGCAGCAGCAGGAACGAGAAACAUCACCGGCGAGAUCUGUGCAAAGCUCUACGAGUUCUAUGACAACCAUCGGACGGAAGACAUUUGUCGCCAUGGACCCCCCCGAGAACAGCCUCUUAUAUUUGCCGCUUGACUACGUCCCGAUAAUUCUUCGACCUUGGGCCCUAGCCCUACUAAUCAUCUGCUGUCUGCUCAUGAUAGUUGGGGUAUCGUUUUGCAAUGUGUGGUCCAAGAAGCACCAAGGACUGUGGGACUACGAUGGCCAAAGCGGCUCGCGGUACUUCGUCUUCCAGUUUCUCCCACAGAUCCUAGCGGCCAUCUUGAUUCUCUGGAUUUUUGUGGUGCAGGCAGCUGUGUAUCGUGUCAUGCCGUUUGCCAUUAUGGCUUCUGAGCGAAAACUCGAGCGUGUGCUGCAGAAACUCCCGAUGUUACCAAGGAACUUUCUUUUGCCGGACCUGUCGCAUUUCCUGUAUGGAGAGCCGUUGGUGGGUUUCUCACUAUUUACUAUCUGGCUGGCGAACAUGUUUGCGAUUCCGCUGCUUAGCUGUCUCUUUCAAGUGAAAUGGUACAGCUACGUCGAUGGCGCCAAUGGACAGGGAAGAUUCCGCUGGACGUCUGUCCAGUCCAUCGGGUGGACCAUCGUCUCGCUCUAUGGACUGCUGACAAUAGGGCUCACGGUGCUCCUAGUCCGCUUCGUGCGCGCUUGGUCCGGACUGAUCUGGGACCCUACCAGCAUCGCCGAUCUGAUACCCAUCAUCCAACGCUCGAACAUCCUCCAAGACUUCGACGGCCUUGAAACAUCUCCGGACGUGGGAAAAUCACUCGAACCCCGCACCCUCCGACUAGGAUACUGGAAACUCUCAGGCAAAAAGGAAAUCCUAUUCUACGGCAUCGGCGAAGAAGACGCCCCAGUCCGCACACCCUCUCUCCACACAGACAAACAAGCGAAGAUCACAGACGUCGAACGCCAACAAAAUAACCUCAACAUGUACGAGCCCACCACCCGCCACCGCUGGACACCAUGGUUCCUCCGCACCAUCUCAAUAAUAGCAUGGAGCUUCCUCGUCGGAGGCCUAUUCAUCGCCUUCGUCAUAGUCAGCUUCCUCCACGACGCUAUCGCCAGCGGCUUUCCACCCCGUCUGCCAACGCUUCCGUCAACAGACGGUUUCUCCGCAUCGAACUUCGUCUACAGCUUCGUCCCAGCGCUAAUCGGCAUGCUCUUCUUCCUCGCGUACCAGCACGUCGACGUCUACUUCCGCGCUAUCCAGCCGUACGCCUCCCUCUCCUCGUCUCCCACCGGCGUCCCCGCAAAACAGUCCCUCCUCCUCUCCUACCCCUCCGACCUCCCGCUCCUCGUCACCAUUAAAGCCCUCCUCAACAAACAUCCCAAACUCGCCCUCAUCACUUUCACCAGCACAGCCUCCCUCGCAAUCCCCAUCCUCGCUGGCGGCAUCUUCACGGCCCUCUACUAUCCUUCCUCGCGCACAAUCCGGAUGACGUCGCUGAUGCCCGCGUUCUACGCGCUACUCGCCUUCUGUGCGCUGUACACACUCUCGCUGCUGGCUAUUUGGCCGCACCGGAUCCGGUAUCUUCCGCAUGGUAUUGCGACGUUGGGAGAGCAGGUUAGUUUUCUGUAUCAGAGUCCGUUGUUGGCGGAUAAGGGGCUUAGGGAGGUGAGGUGUCGGACGGAUUUGGUGCGGAUGGUUGUGUCUGGGGGUGAGGGGUUUGAGGUGGGAGAGACGAGGUAUGGGUUUGGGGUUUUUGUGGGGAGAGAUGGGAGAGAGCAUUUGGGGGUUGAGAGGGUUAGGAGGGGUGGGAGGGAGGAUAUGGUUAUUUUGAGGUGA